CGAGUCGCAGGGACCUGGAGGAAGAGGAGAAGAGAUAUCUAGUUUGGAUGUAAGGAAGACGGAAAAUGUACCUAGGGUAAAGACAAGAGGUAGCAGAAUUGUUCAUAGGAACGUGGAUUUACACUCGGAAACCCCUUCUUCAAGCGCCAAAAAUCCACAAAACGAAUCCACGGUACAAGAUGCAAAUCCGAAACCGAUAAAGGCACCCAGGCGCGUAUCGAGGCGGCUGGAAAGCAGUUUCCUUGUUGAACAGGAAGAUGCAAUGCUUGCUACUACUUCUCGUCGUGAGCGCGUAGAUUCACAUACGAAAACACCUUCGAACGCUAAGGAUACAGAACAUGCAUCUAGCGUGGAGGAUGCGGACCUGAAACCACCCAGGCGCGUUUCUCGGCGGUUGAAAAACAGUUCCCUCGUUGAACAAGAAGAUACAAGUCCCACUACCACUUCUUAUCAUGAGUGCGUCGAUUCGCAUUCGGAACGUGUUAAUGCCACCUCAACGACUGAAGCGCUGGAGCCGGAUCGCGAAUUAUCUCAAAUCGAGGCUUUGGCGCUUGAGAACCAGAAGCUGAAGGAGGAGAUUGCCAAGUACAAGGUUCUGUACAGAAAAGAAGUUUCCGAGACUGCCCAGCUGCACGACGAAUUAAAGGAGACACAAGCGAAGUUGAGAACUUGCGAGGAAAGACUUGAUAUCAGCAAACGCCAGUACGAAUACCUGCGGGACUAUGACAUCGAAUCGCAAAUGAAACUGGAUGGACGAUCUUCCACUUGUGAAGACGACAUCCGAUUCGAAAGAAAGCCCUUCAAUGACAAAUGGACCGAGGUGAUUUGCUCUAGGGUUUUCAAAUUCCCAAAAUGGGCGCGUUCGACUGUAUACGCAGAUAGCGAGGAUAAGAGUACGAUAGCCUUUUUACGACUAUCCGGCCGCUUGUACGGUGCCAAAUCUGGGAUGAAAAGAAACGAUUACGGGGAUUUCAUCGACAGUGACCAUUGGACGGAAAGGGCCAUGUCACUAUCUAGUAUGGUUGGCCACCCGCUGAAAAAAGCAUUUGCCACACAUGCAGAGACACAAUUGAUCGCCUUCUACGUUGCUCGAAUGAUGACGUCAGCUGGCUUCACAAUGGAGGUGAAUAUCUACAAUCCCAAGGCAUACGAGCCGUGCGCCCAACUUGGUGGCCCAGUCGUGAUUCACGUCAGCAAUAAGAUAUGUCCAAGCUGCAUUGCUUUUGUGGACACGAUAAACGAUAUUACGGACAAGUAUGGAUUGAAGUUCAGGCCUGAAAAUGAGCUCAUGACAGACCGGCCAAAACGAAAUUCCGUUCCUUCAGAAGGAGUCCCCGUGCGAUUCGUAGACGAGUAA